GUGGGUGUGGGUGGGUGUGGGUGUGGGUGUGGGUGGGUGUGGGUGUGUGGGUGUGGUGUGGGUGUGGGUGUGGGUGGGUGUGGGUGUGGGUGUGAUGGGUGUGGGUGUGGAUGUGGGUGGGUGUGGGGUGAGGGUGUGGGUGUGAUGGGUGUGGGUGUGGAUGUGGGUGGGUGGGUGUCGGUGUAGGUGUGGGUGUGGGUGGGUGGGUGUCGGUGUGGGUGUUGUUAUAUAAUCAAAUAUCCACACCCACACCCAGACCCACAUCCCACAUCCACACCCCACACCCACACCUACAUCCAUAACUUUUUUUAUUACAUAGGGUGGGUGUGUGGUUCUAACUCUCUAGAGACGAAGAAAGAUCCCUUACUUCCACACCCACAUCACUAAAACUCAUAAUAAUGGCAUCUACUUCAGAUCCACCUGCAUACCAAUAUACAAACAAUUGUUCAGUCUUCGAACCUAAUUAGUCUCCUCUGAUUGAACUCUAUUCUAAGAUUAUGAAUUCGAUUAUAGAAUUUUUUAUUCAAUUUAUCAACAAUAUUUUUACAGAUUAGUAAAAUUCUUGUUCAAGUUUUUAGAUUUGUUCAGAUGCAAUAGCUCUAGCAUCGGAGAAGUGUUCCAUUUCGUGUCGCACCGCUGCUUUUCCCUCUCUAAUAUGUUUAUUCGAUUGUUCAACUAGUGAUUGCUGACGUCUUGCUCGUUGUCGCAACUUAUUUCGUUUUGACUUUGUCAAAGAAGAGUCUCUGAGCGAGUUUCGAGUUCGUGCUAGCCGUUUUUCACGUUGUACUUUUUCUUCUUCGAAUUCAGUCACCUUGCGCUUGGCUUCAUGAAGCGAUGACCUUGCUUGUUCUAGAUAGGUUUCCAACGAUGUAUUUGAAUUUUCGAUAGCAUCAUCGUUUUGUAGACUAAUAUCAUCAUCCACUAAGCUAACAGUGCGAAAAACCGGGUUUACAAUUCUAGAAGCUGUAGAAAAAGAUGUGUUCCGUUGGGAUGAAUGUCUAGAUUUUGUCAACCAUUUUUUGCAUUGUUUCCAACAAUGUUUUCUAAGAGCAGUUAGUGCUUGAAUUUUCGAAUGCAAAUAGUUUUGAAACGACAUAUCUAUAUUUUAAAGAAAUAAAAACAAAUUAAAAUCAUACUGGUUCAUACCUUACUAUUGGUUUUGUGUUUGAUAUUCAAUGAAUGAAAGAGAAUUCGGUCUAUAGUAGAGAAAUUUAAAAAAAUUAGUCCUUUAUCAUGCUAUGGAUAGUCGAACUAUUUCUCAGUAAAGUAAAAUGAAAAGUUCAAGAAUCGAAUUUUUCUAUCUGUAUAAAUUUUUCAAAAUAAACUUCGAUUCAAAAUUUCUUUGAUACUUGAUACAAAAACAUUCUUUGGAAAUCGGAGAUUCCUCAUACAAAAAAAAGUCAACUUCUGAUAUGUUGGGUAAACAUUCUAAUUAAAUGUUCAAAACUAAUGUUUACUGAGAAAGAAUCUGAAAUAUCUCAAAGAUAUAUGCUUCAUUUCAUUCCUAAAUGUUUUAGUUACACAAUUCAAUCAAUUCACAUUCAACACAAAAGAAGCGUUAAGGUUACAUUUUCUUACUGGAAGUUAGAUGAAGCUGUUAUGUCUAAAAAUAAAGGAUUAAUGCGGAUUGUUGAGAUUUGUAUGCUUGCUAUAUAUAGAUAAUCUUUCAAUUGAAAGAAGGGAUUGGAUUUUUCCAGUAUUAGCAUAAUAAAGGUAUUGCAUAAGAAUUGAUAAAAAUAAAUAAUUUCCUUCCAAGAACUGUUCAAGGUUUUUUCCUAAGAUACAAGAAGAAUCAUAAAUAUUCCAACUGUAUAAUGCUAGAAGUGGGUGAAAUCCUAUUAAUUUUUUCACAACAAAAAGUGAAUAUAGAUCAAUUUUCAAUGACACACAAAAUAAAUAUAAAAGAAAUUUAAUCACCAUAUGUUCCAAUGUUUUUUCCAACAAUAAAUUUUCAUUCCUAUUGCAACAUCGAACAGAAAAGGAAAAAGAAAAGCAAAAUUUCUUUCUUUCUGUUUUGGAUUAUGCAAUUUGAUUUCACAACGUCGGGUUAAUCUUCAAUGUGUCAUACUUCUUUUCUAUUCUGUAAUAGAUUAACGAGGGGUAAAACAACACACGAAAUUGAAGCUUUUUAGUAUUUGGCUCAUAACAUUUUUAUUUUAAACGAUAGAAAAAAAAACUUCUGGAAGGAAAAAUAUAGAAAAAAACAUUUCUUUAUUCAAUUGUGUGUUUAGUUUCUGAAAAUCUCUUUCCAUAAGUUUUCUUUAGCGGUUUUAAUCAGCUCUACUAGAGACAUUGCCAAAUUACCCCCGACGACUCUAUUUGGUAAUAAAUGUAAGUAUGUGGGGAAAUUUGACAAUAUCAACUAUUUUUGAAACCUAUUGUAAAUCUUUUUUCGAUAAAAAAUUGCUGAAUAGCGAAAAGAUUUCUCUAGAAGUGUAUACUAAUUUUAAUUUUAGGUUUCUUACUCAACGUGAACCACAUCAAUUAAAAAAAGACGACUAAAAUAUAUUUUAUGCCAAAUUACCCCACAUGGGAUGUCUUGGUAAUCAAUAGAAAUAUUCGGAAUAGUUUGGCUAACUUAGCUGAAAUACUUAAAACUCGAAUUUUGCGAGAAAUAAACAUAAUUUUUUAUUAAUUUUACUAAUCAAAAUAUUCUUCUCAUGGAGUUACACAUAUCUAUAGAUCUUCGAAAAUUAUCACUAGAUUUGUAUCGUUUAUAUUCAAAGAAUGAAUAAUAAAAAAUGCUAAUCUUUCGAAAUAUUUCCACCUUUUUCAAACUUAUUUGCGUAGACAGUUGGUGUGAGUGAAUGUGAGUGUGGCUGAGUGUGAGUGUGAGUGUGGGUGUGAGUGUGAGUGUGGGUGUGAGUGUGAGUGUGGGUGUGAGUGUGAGUGUGGGUGUGAGUGUGAGUGUGGGUGUAGAUGUUUAUCUUCUCUAGACCCACACUCACACCCACACCCACACCCACCCACACCCACACGCCACACCCACACACCCUUUCUUUCCUUUGUUCGAGGCAAAACAACUGUGUUACUCAGAUUGUAGUGUGAUGUGGUAUUGUGCAAGAUUCUCUGUUCUUGCUUUCGUUCUUCUAUUGCAUUCAGAUCUACGCAAUAUCUGGAGAUUUCUUUUUUCUUCGAUUUAUAUAUUGCUCAAUCAUUUUGUUUAUGCUGAAAUUUCCAAGAGUUUCUUUUCUUCAUAUUUGUUUUUUUAGUUUCUCUGGGUAUUUUUUUCAUCUUAUGAUUCUAUAUAUGGGCAAUGUUUGAAAUCAAAGAUUCAUUGUUCAUGAAACAAUCAUCCUGUAAGAGCUUUCCUUCCGAAAAGCAAAAAAAAGUUACACAACGGUUUGUGGGAAAAAACUCACUUUUCAUCUCCUUUGAUGGUAACAUCUCGCUACAGGGCCUACGUAUUUCAUCCACUGUGUUCUUCAACAUUGAAUCAGGAAAAUUUUUCUGUUUUGCAUUCUAGAUAUAAAAGAUUUAACUAAUUUUACUAAUUGUGAUAAUCUCUAUAAAAUGGCAACAAAUAAUAUGUCAGAAGCGGAUCUUGACGAACACAGACGAAAAAUAUUUAUUCAAAAACUACAUCCUAACACAACAACACGGUCAUUACAAGAUUAUUUCUCGAAGUAUCCAAUUGAGUGGUGUAAUGUUCCAAUUGAUGAAUCAGGUAAAAAUAAAAUGCAUGGCAUCGUCGUGUUUUACAGCGAAGAAAGUGUUGAUGCUGUGAUGUCACAACGAUACCAUCAAAUAGAUGGCAAAGAAGUUUUUAUUCAUCGAUCGGUCCCAAAUCAAGGACCACUGAAAGGUAAUAAAGCAAUUGAACGUUUGAUUGUUUCCAGUCCAAACAGUCAACUAUUGGUCGAAUCGGAUAUUAACAAUUACCUUUCUCACUAUGGUACAAUAUGUAAUAUUAAUCAUAUGAAAAAUGAAGAUAAUACAUGGAUCAUUCAUUUUGAUUAUUAUGAUUCAGUCGACAAAAUUCUUUUGCAUUCUCCGCACCGUAUUGGAGAAAUCGAUGUCAAUGUUAAGAAAGAUACUCGAAAUGUCUUUCAUGGAAGUUCAGCUACAUCAGAAUCGACACCAAAGAUUGCUAAGAAUAACAUUGAAGUAGGACCGAAGAAAGCCAAUUUGAAACAAGUGACCAUGAACGAACAAAUAUCAUGUCUUAGUCUACCUGGAAAAAAAUAUCGGAUUCAUAUUACAAAUUUAUCGGCGAAUAUAGAUGCUGAGACAUUAUCACAAGAAUUAGAUUGGGAUAUUUAUGAUAUUGUUAUGAAUCCGUCCACCAAUGAUCGAGCAUUGUCAACAGAAUGUUGGCUGAAAAAUGCCAAUGAUGAAAGAGAAGUGAACAGUUUUGUUCAAAAUAUGAACGGACGGAGCAUCCGAGGAUCAGUCAUUCAAUGUGAGAAAGAAGAAGAUGAUAUAGAAUUCUCAACGAGUACUGACUAUCGAAUCCGAAUGUCUGGUUUUCAAACGGAAGUCACACCACAAAAUCUUACUCAACGAUUCGGUUCACACAACUAUUAUGUCGAUCGACAACAUGAUCGUAUUGGUUAUGUGGUCAAAAUCAAAACUAUGAAAUAUGCUAAACAGUUGAUGACCAAAUGGCAUAAUAUGAACAUCGAUGGUCAACUAAUCAAAUGUCAACUGGAACUCAAUCCAAUCCCGUUCGCUCAUCGUCAUCGUUCUCGAUCACGAGCAGCAUCGACUGGUGAAGAAUUGAAACAUUGCCGUUGGCGCAGUCGUCCACGAGAUGCUUGCAGUGUCCAAAGCAGUCAAGAAACAUCUGAUCCUGGAGACACUGACAAUACUUUGUCAAUAACAUUAGACAACCGAGAAGUGGAUAGAGACCGUCGCAUUUGUCGUAAAGCUUUUAAUGAUAUUACUCGAACUCCAUCAAAGACUAACUUGCAUCAUGCAAGUUCAUCAGAAAGUAUCUCAACAUUGGUCGAAACGAAAUAUCAGUUACCAAGCGAUGUAUCGGUAGAAUGGGAAAUAACAACUAAAGCAUCGAAUAGCGAUGGAAAAGUAUUAUUAAUACGUGGCAAAGUAGAUCGAAAACGUCUAGCCGUAAUCAAGAUCUAUCCAAAUCAAUCCUCGACGAACUUGAAUCGAGAAGUAACUGCAAUGAAAGUUCUAAAAGAUGUAAAAGGUGUCAGUCAAUUGAUUGAACCAGAGAAUGCAUCAAAUAAUCUUACUCAACAACGCGUUGACAAAGUCAAUCUAUCGAUGAUUAUGAAACGUGCUCCUGGAUAUUCAUUAAAAGAAUUCAUCGAACGAAAAUGUCAAGGUGUCCUUGAAGUUCAAGAAGCCAUUCAAUUGACCCUAAAUCUAAAUUUAUCGCCUGAAAAUAUUAUGAUUGAAUUCGAUUCGAAAAGUAGAUUAAUCAAUCAAGCUCAAUUGACCGUGCUGAAUUUCAGUCAAGCUGUUGUCAUAUCGACCGGAAGAGAUGCAGAAAUUGCAUCAUCAACACAGAAAUGGUAUCGUGCACCGCAAACGAAUGUCAAAGGAUUGAGUUCGACGAUUGAUGCAUCUGGAGUUUGUGCGAUUCUUUUCUGGUUACUGACACAGACGGAUCCUUCACAUAAGAAUGAUGAACUUCCUCAUCAACAAGCUCGCGAAAAACUCCAUGACAUGAUUAAAAGUGCUGCCAACUCUACAAGUUUGGAAAAACAGCUGAAAAUGUAUCUGAUGGACACAUUUGAAUGUGCUUUUGGCUAUCCAAACCAUCAUCCAUGGAUAAUCAACGAUCUCGGAUGUCGAUUAGAGUCGAUUCAUCAAUUAUUGAUACCGGACAUUCCAGAAUUGACUACAAUAAGUGCCAUUUUCCAAAAACUGGCAUCGUUCUCCAAUUCAUUACCAACUCCACCUAUCACAAUCGAUGAUGCUCAACGAGAUGCCUUUGAAAAAGCAUCAAAAGCAUUUUGUCAGGCAAAGAAGUAUUUCUCACAAGAUGGACAAAACCAAUAUGAAUGGUCCGAUGGAAAUUGUACAUGGAUUUAUAGUCCACACAGUUCGAUCAAUGAAUGUCGCAAUGAUGAUGUACUCACUUAUUAUUCAUUUCGUGGAAGAACGACCAUCACCUAUUCGGUAAUCAUCACGUGUCUGGCGAGUUGUAUUGAAGGACCUGUGAUGACAUUGGCUAUUAGCAGUAAUGUCAAUGGUAAAACGAUUCGAAUGCCUAUUGGUCAAUAUUCAACAGCUCAAGAUUAUGCUAUAGAUGUACAAGAGAAUUUUAGAACGGAAUUGAAGAAUCUCCUUUUAGCUAUCUACAAAGAACGAAAAUCUAUAAAACAUUAG